AUGGCCCAUUUCAUCACACCGAUCGAUAUACCUGGUAUUGUGAAAGAUUUCCAAAGAAUUGUGGUUGAUUUGAAAGAAAGUGACAAGAUCAAUCGUUCACUGUCUUAUGCACAUCGUGUCGCCGAUGUUAUCCAGAGGAGGUGUGGUGAUACAGCAAUGGGCCAUGUUCCCGGCCAAGAUUUAGAGGAGCACAAGAAGAAAAGGAACAGACAGCUGCGUGACUUUAAUGGGAAUCGCCAACUGCGACAGCUUUAUGAAGACUCACAAUGGACUCUGCAUCUAGUGAUGGAAGCACACCGUAGGUUAAUGGAGGCAACUUUCGGGAAAGAUAAUGAUUUGGCUGUGUCAAGAAGGCGAAGCGAAGAAGAGAUGGAAAAUAUCAAACAAGGGUUCUAUUUCAAUGCUGCACGGAUGACAAAAGCGGUUCAUGACGUUUUUGAGCAUGAAAAGGCAAUGUCAGGAAAGAUUCAGAAGAGAAUGGAAGAACUUCGGGUGAGGAAUGAAAUACUCCGAUGUAUUUUGGAUAGCGAAGCCGGAGCUGAUAUUUAA